GUAACUAUUUUUAAGCGUGUAAGGCAAAAAGCAAGCAGAAUGGUGUAGCAACAUAAACGAUAUCACUUUUUUUUCGAGGAAUUCAGUAAAAAUUUUUGAUAUUUUAGUGAUUUUUCAUUGCCCGCUCGGUGGAAUUAACAGCAAACGUUGCAUUUUUCAUUGACACAGUGAAAGUAAACUUCUAAACCAGCAGACAAAAUGGCGAUGUCCAAAACUACAAACACGUACAAUCGUCAGAACUGGGAGGACUCGGAAUUUCCCAUCCUGUGCCAGACCUGCCUCGGCGAUAAUCCGUAUGUGCGAAUGAUCAAAGAGCGCUACGGAAAAGAGUGCAAAAUUUGUACUCGACCGUUUACAAUCUUCCGCUGGUGUCCGGGGGCGCGGAUGCGCUUCAAGAAAACGGAAAUUUGUCAAACGUGCAGUAAGCUGAAAAACGUUUGUCAAACCUGUUUGCUAGAUUUAGAAUAUGGCCUUCCGACUCAGGUGCGUGACGCUGCCCUCAAGAUUCAGGAUCGCAUUCCGGAGAGUGACGUGAACAAGGAGUAUUAUAUUCAGACGAUUGAAGGUCAACUGAAAGCUGGCGGAGAUGAGACGGUUGCGGCUGGAACGGUUGGAAAGUCACUGGCAGCCAGCGAUAUGUUGGCUAAGUUGGCCCGGACGGCUCCGUACUACAAACGCAAUCUUCCCCACAUUUGUUCGUUCUGGGUGAAAGGAGAGUGUAAGCGAGGCGAAGAAUGCCCCUAUCGGCACGAUAAACCCGUCGAGCCGGAUGACCCCCUAUCGGAGCAGAACAUACGGGAUCGUUACUACGGUCGCAAUGAUCCGGUGGCAGAUAAGCUCAUGAAACGAGCUGCUUCCAUUCCAAAACUGGAACCACCAGAAGACAAAACGAUUACCACGUUGUAUGUGGGUAACCUGGGAGAACAUUUGACGGAGGUGGACAUCAGAGAUAACUUUUAUCACUACGGUGAAAUUCGGUCCGUUUCGCUUGUACCUAGACAACAGUGCGCCUUUGUGCAGUACACCAAACGAGGGGCCGCCGAAUUGGCAGCGGAAAAGACUUUCAACAAGUUGAUUCUCGGUGGUAAAAAACUCACGAUUAAGUGGGCUCACUCUCAAGCCAAAUCGACAGCUUAUGCGCAAAGUUCCGUUCCCCGGGGUAAUCGUAUUUUCGAUCCGGUACCGGGACUACCCGGACACCUGCCAAUGCCACCGAAUCCGAACGACUAUUUCAACCUACAAGCAUCGGAAAUGGCCGUCCUACCACCGGGCAUGAAAAUUCAUCAACUACCGCCGGGUUUGAUUCCGGGUGCUCCCACGGCAAGCUACUCUCAGAUGUACUCGCAACCAUCGGGCUCCGGAGCAAGUGGGACAGCCGGGCACGUUAUGAUGCCACCUGGUAUACCCAAUCCAGGCAUGCAAUCGAUGCACUAUCCUAGCCAGGAUCCGGCUCGGUUAGGGGCACUGAAAAAAUAGGCACAGCAAGAAUAGACUGGUGGCGUUCGCAUCGGCUUGAAUUGUUUUCAAGUUUUGCUUAGGGAAAUCGAUAAAUUAAAUAAAGAUUAAUAAUCGA